AUGGCCGGCCGCGGCAGUCGGACACGCGCCUGUAUGGUCUGCUCCAUCGUCCAACCCGCCACUGUGAGCAGCGACGUCGACGUUCCCAAUCCUUUUCAACCGACUGACGUGGAACCGCAGGAUUUCUACCGUAACGGUUGCCCCAACUGCGAAGAGAUCUUGGGCCUACGAAACUCUCAAGAUGCGAUCCAAGAAUGCACUUCCCAAGUCUUCGAAGGCUUGAUUGCCAUGGGAGACCCCAAGACCUCCUGGGUCGCCCGAUGGCAGCGCCUGACCGAUUACGUGCCGGGAAUAUAUGCGGUCAAAGUCGUGGGAACGUUGCCGAGAGAAAUUAUCGAUUCGCUAGAGGACAAUGGCAUCAAAUAUGUUCCAAGAGAUGGAAGUGCGAUGGAGGAGGACAGUGUUGCUGCUUCAUGA